AUGAGAGCUUGGCAUAAAGAUCGAAGAGGUGAGCUUAGCUGAUUUUUCUGAGCCUGGAGAAAAUUAUGAAUAUUCAUUUUUGAAGUGUGUUCUGAAAUUGUGCAGGAUAUCCUGGAUUUUUCACGUAGCUUGUUUUUUGUAGCUUGAUUUUUGUGCUGGGAAACUUUCAAAAUAUAGAUUUUUCUGGAAAACUUUCUCAUUUAUUUUUAUGAGGUCAUUUUCAUUUUUGGACCUUUUUUCGCUAGGAAAAAAAUUUACGCUUCAAAGAGCAUUUUUUGUUUUUUUUUGUUGAAAUGAAAUGAGUAGGUUUUCGGGAAUUUUUAAUUUUUGAUUUUUGGACGCCCCCAUAUCAGGUCGUAAAAAUAAUCAGUGUUUUUGAUUAGAACUCUUCAAAUUUUCUUUUAAAAAUUAUUUUUUGUUUAAAUUUUUUUUUUCGCCAAAUAUGUUUUUGGAAAUUUGAUAUGAUUCAGAAAAUAUUUUUCAGUUUUUCAUGUGACAUUUUUUUUGGGGAAAUGACUUUUUAUAAAAGGGGAUUGAAAAAAAUCCACGUGGCAAAGUUCCACACAAUUCAAAAUCUAGUUCAUAGCUAAAGUUCAGGCUAAAAGAGCCCAGAUCUAAACACAUGAGAGAGCCUAAAGCCUGAAGCCUAAAGCCUAGAGCCCAUAAAUCGGUUUCUCCCGGUCAGGGUCUCAAAAUUAGCCACCCCCGGAAUGUGAAAAUACAAAAAUUAGCCAGACCCCCUCAAAAUAAAGAGAAAAAACUUGGUUUUUGGGGGGUAAAUUGUUAUUUUUUUCAAAAAGUUAGCCGGUCCCCAUCCCUUUUUUCCAAAGUUAGCCAGACCCCCUCCGGACGAAAAUCCGGGGAUACUGAUGUAUGCUAGAGCCUAAAGCCCAGAAAGGCAGAAAUUUAUCGAUAAGCAUUUCAGUCAAGUUUCCAGAUGCUAAAAAAUAUCUUCCCAAAUUUUUGAGCUCCAGAUAAUCUGCUUUUCAAACUAAAUAGUGAUCUACAUUUUUUCUGAAAUUCGGAAAACCCUAAUUUUAAGCUUUAAGCUGAAAAAAUUUCUAGCAAGUUCUCCUAACUCCAAAAUCACGCAAUCACCUGAUUUUCUUCGAACCUAUGAAAACCAGUUCCAAAAACUCUUUCUUUCUCCAAAAAUUAAUCAAAUUUCUCGGCGUCAAAAAUUAUUUUUCUUUCAUUUUCGCUCAAAGAAAAUCAAGGCUUCCAUGAUUUUUGAUCAUUUGUAUACUAAAAAUUAGCACAUUAAAAGGUUUUAGGGAAUUUUUUUGCGUCAAAAAAAAAAUCUUUAGGAACGCUAGAGAAAAAACAAAAGAGGAAAACUAAUUUUCAUGAAUUUCUGAAUAGGUCAGGUCACAUGUUUUCGGUGUCAAAAAUACCUCAUUCUCGGGCUAAAAAAACCCGGUUUCCUGGUUUCUGGCCUCAAAAAUCCACGUGUUCUCAUAGAGUUCAAGUUCACCGCGGAUAAUCGAAUUCUUCUGCCGCUUUCAAUCUAUUUUUCCGAUCAACAACAAAAAAACAACAUUAUUUUAUUUUCAGAAAAAGAAAAAGAAGGCACAAAAUUUCAAUUUUGUUGGAAUUUUUUCCGGAGAAAAUAAUAGAGUGCACUUUGAGAUAAAAACAUCUUCGUUUUUUUUUUGAAAUUGGAAAAUAUUGUUGUUUUUUGGACAGUGUUUUGCCACGUGGCAUAUUUUUUACAUAGCUAAUUAUAAAAUUCAAAACUGAUUUUCCUUUGUAAAUAAAAUUUCGCCACGUGGAUUUUUGAAGCUCUAAUUGUGUUAGAAUUAUCUGAUGAAUUCAAAAUUGUGAGCUUAUCUUUUUUGCUUCUGGAAAUUUUCAAUACCAUUUUUUGAGCUGAAAUUAGGCUCCACGUGGAUUUUUCCGGGCUUAGAAAAUUUGGAAUCUGGAAUUUCAGAAUAUCUGAGAUUCUUGAAAUUUUCUUAACAAAAGAAGGAUUUUCUUCGCCACGUGUAUGUUUUCGAAGACAAAAAUCCUAGGUAGACCACAUUUUUGCGAUUCAGAAAUGAGCUACAGAAUUCCACGUGGCAAAAAAACCCUUCAGAAAUAUGUUUCUGAAUCCACGUGGCAAAACCACGUAGAGUUUUCACGUGGAACAAAAAUCAAUAAAAAAAAUUCAACGUGGCAAAAACUAAAUCCCAAUAGUCUGAAAUCACUGAAAUGCAUCUUCUAGCUCUCAAAAUCCACGUGGAAUUCCAGCUUUUCGACCAAAAAUUCUGGUCUUCCAAUAAAUUUUGAUUUUCUUUAAAUUUCCAAAUGUUCCCCAGCCACGUGGCAAAUAUUACCCACGUGUUUUAUCAUGAAAACAAAAAUGCUAGAGUGUCAUCACUACCAACUAAAUAAAGCUAGCAAAAAAAGAAGGAUUAUCAUUUUUCGUCAUAAAGACAAAAAAAAAGAAGUGGGGGUUUAUAGAUAUAAGAUUAUCUAUCAAAUUAGUAGUAGUUGCCCAAUUUUUGGCUGCAAUUUUUGGCGGCUCUUGAUUUUUAGUCUUGGAAAUUCUGAAUUCCUGCUAGAAUUUUUAACUGAAAACACUUGAGCUAACUAUUUUUCCAUUAUUUUUGAUCUCCAAAAAAAUUUCCAACCAAAAAUUCCUUGCAGUUAUUAUGGAUGACGCAUCGGAAUGGGUCAAAACAUCGUUGAGUUUUGAGGAUUGGUUUGCCGGUUUGAGUCUAUUGCUCAUCUCAACUGUUUCGUUUUCGAUUUAUAUUUUGGUUUUGAGAAUUAUGAAACGACAGGAUAAGGUGAGAAGCUGGAUUCAUUAUUUCCACGUGAAAUAUGUUUUUGAAAUUUUGAAAUUCUAUGCUCAAAAAUCCACGUGGCACAACAUUAUUCACAAACUAAACUUUUUGAAUCAAAAGUAAAAUAUCUUAUUUUUUUCUAGUCGAAAAUUUCCACGUGGAAAUUAUUUUUGAAAUUUUCUAGGAACAUCCACGAUUCAAAACAUUAUUCAGAAUCUCAAUUUUUUUAGUGAAAAUCCACGUGGCAGAACAUUUUUUUAAAAGAAUUUUAGAUUCUAAAAAUUUUUAGUACGAACUUUUUUUUAAAUAAAAAUUUCCACGUGUAACAUAUUUUUUGACAAUUAAAAUUCUAGGAACAAAACUCCACGAUUCAAAAAAAUAUUCAGAAGUAAAUAUCCACGUUUCAAAAGUUCGCCUGAUAAUUUUAGACUUUCAAAUUUCCACGUGGCAUUUUUUUGAAAUGUUAAAAUUUCAGAAUCCAGAAUAUUUUUAGAAAUUCUACUUUUUCUCCCCAAAAAACCUGCCACGUGUCAAAAAAUACGAGAAAUCCAGAAAUGUUCCACGUGCCUACAAUAAUCCCUAAUUUUUUGCAGGACAUCGUCGGCUACCGUUUCCUAAUUUCUGCCGGUUUCUGCGAUCUUCUUCUACUUUUCAACUACGGUUUCUGGCCGGGUUUGACGAUUUUGUUCAAAAGCGAGAUUAUCGAUCCGAAAUGGCGAAGUGAACAACAGGUUUGUCUAAUUUGAGACUUGAAAAUUUGAAAUUUCAAAAAGAAGCCCUGUGAAAAUGUGACUAAAAUAAUUGGCUUCAAUAUAUACCAAAGCGAUCUUUGGCGCUGAAAUUUGAAAAUCGAGUUAGACUUUGUAACGUAGGCUACAAUGUAAUCUAUGUAGCUUAUGGUAGUUAAGCUAACUCAAAAUAACAGACUACAAAGUAAUCUACUUAUGAGCUUAGGAAAAAAAAAAUACGGAGAAGGAACAAUUUUUGGAAACUGACUUGGGAAAAUAUUUUUUUCGGAACGUUUUUUUUAAACCAAAAACUGUGGAAUUUCAAAUAUCCACGUGGCAUUAUUUCAGAGAGAAAUUAAGACGCAUCGCAUCAAUUUUUUCGUUACUUUUCAGAUAUUUUUCAAUUAAAAACCCCCCAUCCCAAAAAAAACUCACAAAAAACCUCCAAAUCUUUUGCCACGUCAUAACUCUCCUCAAAAUCCUCGAUUCUCCCAAAUUCAAUAAAUAUUCCGAACUUCUCCUGAAAAAAACACAUCAUUUUUUACCUCAAAAUCAAAAAAAAAAAUGUAGAACUUACGAUUAAUCUAGUCAGCUUUCUUUUCCCGCCAUUUCCAACCAUCUCAAUUCGUAAAAAUGACUGGGUUUUUGACUCUGAAAAAUAUAAUUUGAGGAGGAAAUGUCACGCGGGAAAUGUUUAUUUGCAUUUCGAAUCAUAGAAAACCGCGACGCAGCACGCAACGCGUCGAAAAGCACUGAAAUUCAAGUAUGGGACUCUCCAAAAUCAAAAUUUACCAAAAAAAAAACGCAUUUUUCGCCGAGGAAAACAAAAAAGGGAAAAAAUCGAUUGAUGCUGGCCGAGUCGGUUCCUAGGCCCCCAGCCAUUUAUUCACUUUUUUUCCAAAAAAAAAAGCUGUUUUUUCGUGUUUUUUAGGUUCAAAUGUACUUUUCCUAAUGGUAAAUCCUUUUUCAACGUAUUUUUUAUUAAGUUUUUUUUGUAUAAAAAUGCAAAAUCAAGUGUUAUUUAGUCAUCAAAACAUUUUUUUUGACUUCCAAAUUUUAUAGUUUUGAAAUUUUUUCAGAAAAAAAACUUCUUUGUAAAUUGAAAAUUCCUCCUUUGCUUGAAAGCCUUAAUAUCCAUGUGGCAAAAAAUGAUUCAAAAUUCAUCAGAUUUUCACUGAAACCUCUCAAAUCCACGUGGCAUUUUCCAGAUCUACCUCGACUGGGCGUGGUUCUCAAUGGUCUCGCACUACUCAAUUGUCGGCUGGUCACGUUGGCAAGCCAUCCGAAAACCGCACGAUUUCCGCAAUCAAAAACGCCGUGUCUCGUAUUUUCUGUGCUCCGCGUGCUUUCUAAUUGCCGCUGUUUUGGUGAGUGAUCAAUUAAAAAUUCUGCCCAGGAAAAAACGUGGGAUUUUUCAACAAAAAAACGGGGUGUAACAUGAUACAUCUUCCGGAGUAUCCAAUUAAAAUGAGCCCGAGCUGACGAUGGAAUUUUUUAUUAUGAAAAAGAGAAAAUGCAAUUGUACGAAAAUAAGUGGGGUGUGAUUUUUUGAAUAAAAUCGGAGAAUGGCCUAGUGGUAACGAAUUUGCCUUGCGAUCUAAAAGUCAGGGGAUCAAGCCCGGAUGGGAACUAUAGAUGCCAGGACCACGAGAUUAGGAUGGCCUAGGGAUAACGCAACUGUCUGAUGAUCUAGAGGACCGGGGAUCGAGCCCGGGUGAGAACUACACUACGAGAUGGGUCUCACAGCAAUUUCGGGUGCAACAACAGAGCUAGAAAUUCUAUAGAUCAUCGGAACUUUUUGCGAGAUCAUCUCUUGGACAUUUUUAUCGAAUGCGAGAAGGGUGUAGGACAUACUGAAGCUGAUCUGGAAAUUUCUGAAAAAUUGCUAGACACUUCGAGAAAACCCUACCGUAUCCCAAAUUGUCAUUAGCAUAGCAUGCCGUGAUAGCGGAUCAAUACUAGACAAAAACAAUCCGAUGAUGAACAUCCAAAAUAAAACGAGUAAAUAUAAAACUGAAUUGAUUGCUACAAUCAAUGUGAUUCUUCUCAACAUAUCCCGAUGUUUAGCGUCACUUUGAUGGUCCGCAAAACGUUUGCGCAGUCCGUGAACAGUUAAGACGCCUAGGGUUAUGAUAGCUGUCACAUAAAUCGAACAAGUUGCGAAUAAAUAUUUACUGUAGGUAGAGCGAUUCUUCUCAAAUUCCGGAUUCAUUAUGAAAUACCCAAUUGUUUCAUCAUAGACCAGCGGAAAACACAAAGAAGCGAUCGGUAGAAUCGCAGCGAUAGCAAUCAUAACCAACCCCACAUACACAAAAACACACCAUUUCGACCAGAACUUGUUGAAAGUCGUGUGUUUUAGUAGAGUGUAGCGGUAGAAACAGAGUAGGAGUAUACUGACGGCUUGAAUUUGCACAAAAGAUGGGACUGUGUAGGAGGUUAUGGUGAGGAUUGUGGGCGGGAGAUUUUGUAGGAGAUGUGCGGUGUCGGGACGUUGUGCUAGGCGAUGGAUCCAUGAAUUGGAGUAGCAGCAGAGGUUCUAAUGAGAAAUCCAGGUUUUUGAGUGACUGAGAACUGGGGAGGAACGUAACUUUGGCAGUUUAUGUAACUAUCCUAAGGGAUUUUCACUCCAAAAAUCCUAGGGUGCAAAACAGACCUGGCAAUUUUUACGUUUUACGGUUUUACGUAAAAAUUUCCCAGGUCUGGGGCAAAACUUGCCCUAAACAUAGUUAUGACGUGUGGUUAUUGCAGUACCCAAACAGUCCGAUUUUUGACAGUGGUGUCAACUUUGCCACGUCAUAACUAUGUUCAGGGCGAGUUUUGCCCCAUACCUGGGAAUUUUAACGUUUUACGGUUUUCACGGGAUUUCACCGUAAAAUUCAUUUUACGGUUUUACGUCUCAAAAAUCGUAAAAUAGUUCGUUAACGUAAAAAUUUCCCAGGUCUGGGGUAAAACUUGUUUUAAACAUAGUUAUGACGUGUUGUUAUUGCAGUACCCAAAGUCCGAUUUUUGACAGUUAUGACAACUUUGCCACGUCAUAACUAUGUUUAGGGCGAGUUUCGCACCAUAGGCUUUUUGGAGUGUUUAUGUCCCUCAGAUGAUAGUUCAACUGCUGUGAGUCGAUUCCUGAAUCCCGCUCAACUAACCAUAACCUGAUCGCACAUCACAAUUCGAUAAAACGAAUUAUCGAAUCGUUUGCUUUUGCAAAAAAUCACGAUAAAAAAUAAUAUGAGCAAUACUGAAAUAACUCCAUAGAGCAGCCAAAUAUGAAGAAUCAAUUCCAUUUUACAUAUUGAAGAUGAAUGCUAACUAUCAAAAACAUUCGAUAAUUAUAGGUGUCAAUAGAUCAAGCUAAUGACCUAUGCUUAUAAGCGCAUGGCCUUUAAUGAAGGUACACAUUUUUGCAGGUUCUCUCAACACAUUUCCAAAAAUGGUAUGUCACCUUUUACUACGAUCCCGCAUCCUACGGAAUGUUAUCCGAGAAUUUUCAACUUUAUUUGAGCGGCGGACAAUCGAUGCUAUUCUUGGCGUUUCAUAUCGUGGCAAUUGUGCCCCCAUGUGUUUUCUAUACGUGAGUUGUGACCCAUAAUAGCUAGGAGAAAAUUUCCUAUAUUUUAUAGAUGGUCAAUAAUCCUUCUCUACCAACGUCGUCAAGCUAAACUUCUGAUAAAUCACUCCACUCAAAACAGUAUCGAAAGAAAGCUUUUGAUGCCUUGCUUGAUAAAUGUGAUCACAUUUAUUAUCGGUCAAAUUCUGAUAACUGUUGGAGGCGAAGGAAAAUGGGCUGGUUAUAUGGUGAUGUUGUUGUUUUGCGCCAAUUCGGCGUUGAACCCGUUUUUAUUGCUGAUUUGCUCGAGGACUUUGAGGUUUGUUAGAGAGGGAAGAAAUCUAGGGCUUUGGGGAAAAAUAUGGAAAAGUUUCCACGUGGAAUAACAUUUAGGGCUUCCAAAACUUUCAUGAAUUUUCGUUGCCACGUGGAUUUUGAAAAUUUAAUUUCCGAUAAUUUUUUUAAAGUUCAGGAUUUAGGCACGUGGAAUUCUGAAUUUAGGCUGAAAAUCUUUUUUUUUUAAAUUCCACGUGGAUUUUUACCUAAAUUGAAAAUAUUGGAUUUUUUUCAAAUAUUUUUUAAAGGUUUGUUAAGGGAAAGCUUUGCCACGUGGAUUUUCAAAAUUAAAUGUUAGAUAAUUUUUGUGAAUCACAAGCACCACUUUUUUGAAAACUAAUAUUCACAUGAAAAUUCGGGUGCGAUGGAAAAUCUUUUGAAAAUUGCCACGUGGAUUUUAAAAAUUGAAUUUCAGAUAAUAUUUGUAAUGUUUCGGAUUUAGCCACGUGGAAUACUGAAUUUAGGCUGUAAAUCUUUUUUUUAAUGUCACGUGGAUUUUGAAAAUUAAAUUUCACAAGGGAAGUGUAUAAGGUCCCGGAAUAAACUUUCAAUGAGACUUGGUACACAUAUAGAUUCGAACUCGCUGAUCUCGAAUUCGUUUUCAAAAAUUGCCACAUUUGCACCCAAGACGAGUUUUUCACCAUCGAAAAUGCGCCAUAUUUCUCAUUGUUUCAUAUGUCAAACAUUUCAGGGCAAGAAAAAUAACAGCGGAUGGCAGAGUGGUUAGCGAUCUCGAUUUUAAAAUUUUAGGUUUCGGGAUCGGUCCCGGCCCGUGGCGAACUUUUUUUUUCAAAAUUGUUUUUUUUUCAAAAUUUUUUCGAAACCUGUAAAGAUGUCUACGUACCGACUUUGAAUUAUAAUUUUUUGUCAUCAUUUUUUUUCGUUUUUUAAAUUCUCGUUCAAAAUGUUACUUUCUGAACAAAUUUUGCACUUCGUAAUGGGUAAUUUUCAAUGACAAUUGUACAAUCCCAAGAAAGUAUGUCUCCCGCGAGAACUUCAAAAAGUUCCUAACGGAAUUAUUGAUGUUUUGCGUAGUGUGGACAUCAACGAAAUUAUAGUUGAAAACGAUGAAAUUCUGGAACGAAUUGAAGAUGGUCCGCCGGAUGAAGGUAACUUGGAUAGCUAUAAAUAUGAAAGCUAUAAAAAUAAAUAUGAAAGAUCAUCUUCAAUUCGUUUUUUUUUUUUUGAAAAAAAAUAAAAAAAUUUGAAAAAAAAGUUCGCCACGGGCCGGGACCGAUCCCGAAACCUAAAAUUUCAAAAUCGAGAUCGCUAACCACUCUGCCAUCCGCUGUUAUUUUUCUUGCCCUGAAAUGUUUGACAUAUGAAACAAUGAGAAAUAUGGCGCAUUUUCGAUGGUGAAAAACUCGUCUUGGGUGCAAAUGUGGCAAUUUUUGAAAACGAAUUCGAGAUCAGCGAGUUCGAAUCUAUAUGUGUACCAAGUCUCAUUGAAAGUUUAUUCCGGGACCUUAUACACUUCCCUUGUCAGAUGAUUUUUGUGAACCUCAAGCACUUUCGUUUUUGAAAAAUAACAUUCACGUGAAAAUUCAAAAAUCUUUUAAAAAUUGCCACGUGGAUUUUACCCAAAUUGAAAAUAUUGGAUUUAUUGGCUUCCUUUCAUGAAAAAAUAAUUCCACGUGGCAAAUCAUCUCAAAAAUUGUUUGGGAAAAAUCAUAAAAAUUCGAAUUUUUAGAUUUUUAAGUCUAGAACCGGAUUUCAGAUAUCUAAGAAUCUAGAAAAAUCAAUUCAAAAUUUGAAUUUUCAAAUACAACUUCCGCUAACUCCCAAAAAACCUAAAUUUUCUAGACGUCAACUCCUCGAAUGCUGGAUGAAAACCCCCAAAAACCUCAACUUCGACACAAAAGCCGACACGUCGACAAUUUUCCGAAAUGUUCACGCGGCUCAAUCGGAUUUCUGUAUCAGCAGUCAGCAUACACAGCAAGAGAAACACUGUUUCACAUUUUAUAAAUCCAAAUCUGCCACGCCGGUUUGAGAAAUCGCAUUGGAAAUUUGGAACUCAUAGCGACAAUUAUGGGUUGAAAUUGAAAAUUUACGAGUUUUUUUUUUUUUGAAAAAUGUUGAAUUUAAUGAUCUCUGGAUUUUUUAUUGAUAAUAUAAAUGUGUUUUCUCCAAGCUAUGACGUGGCAAAAAAAGGUUCAACAAAAAAUCUUGUUUUCUAGAUGCACAUAAAUAAAACCAAACACAGAUUUUUCAGCUGUUUCUGUUUCAAAAAUUACUCAUUGAUUCUUCAACAAAAUGCAAAAAAUCUAUAUUCUAGAAAAUUAUGAAAUUCAAGCUUACGUUCUAAGCACCUCAAUAUUCAUAGUUAUCCUAAAUUGUUUUGUGAAUAUUCCAUGUUUUCAUAUAAUGCUAAAACAUUCAAAAAGAGAGAAUAAAUUCUACAAAUAUCUCAAUUUCACCAGUCAUUUCCUAUUUUUUCUAUCGCAAACCUAUUGGGGAAUAUUUCAAUGUACAAUUCCCCUUUUUCCAUUUCCAGGAUUUUUAUCAUAUGGCUUACUGAGCUCAUAUCUUUCAACUUUGAAUUUAUCAUUCAUCUGGGUUCUAUUUUUCGUUCCCUGUUCAAUCUCGAUAUAUCUAGUUAUUCUAAUUCGAGUGAAAAUAGUUGAUUCAUUUAUGCCUGAUCAAAAAAUUGCUAGAUAUAUUUUGAUAUAUUUCAUUAUUCUAACAAGCAUUUUAAUCUCACUUGCAAUAUUUUUCACAAUUGUUGUUUAUUUCACAGAAAAUGAUAUUGGGAAACUAAUGAACGAUGAUUAUCCAAACUAUAUUCAUAUUCAAUAUAUUUUCGGAAUUUAUAUUUUUGCAAACAACAAAAUUAUUCAUAUUUCUGUGAUUUAUCUCGGCCUAGUGUUUCUAUUUUUGAGUUUUGUAAGUGAUGCUGAUUCAGGAACGAAAAAAACAUUUUAACAUUGAAAGAUUAACAUUAGCAUCGAUAUUUCGAUCGAGCGAACUUGCUAUUUUAUCUAGAAAAAUUAGAUUUUCAUCAUUUUCAAUGUAGAAAAUCAAGUUCUACCUCAUUUUUCAAGGUGAAAAUUGUGUUUUUUUCAAAAUUUAUAGAGAAAAUUCAAUAUUUCGAACAUCUAAAGAUCAAUUCACGGACGAAAAAAUGUUUUUUUUAACAUUGGAAGAUCAAUUCAAAACAUUUCGAGUUUUUCAGUCAAAAAUGAUGACAAAUCGAAAUUUUCAAAGUUUCUGGAGUGAUUUCUGAUGAAAAUUGACCUUGGAAUUCACUUUUCAGAAGUUUUUGCUUCAAAUUUCGAUGGAUUUGAAAAAAAAUCAAUAAAAUGAGGUAAAUUAGGGUUCUCAAAGCUCAUUUUCAUCAGAAAUCACUUCAGAAUCUUCUGGGAGGAUUUCUGAUGAAAAUAAAUUGAUUUUUUCAAAAUUCAUCAACAUUUGAAAUUUUUUUUAUUUUACAAAAAAAUCAGCAAAACCUUCUGAAAAGUUAAUUCCAAUGUCAAUUUUGAUCAGAAAUCACUUCAGAACCUUCAAAAAUCUCGAUUUGUCAUCAUUUUUGGCUGAAAAACUCGAAAAACUAAUUUUGACUCACAAUGUUUUUUCAACUUUUCGUAAAUUGAUUUUUUUUCGUUCGUGAAUCAGCCCUGAAGUAAAUCAAGUUGUAUUUUUGGCGCUAAAUAUGCCACGUGGAUUUUCUAAGAAACUCUAAAAAAAAAUAUUUUUAAUGUCAAAAGCUCCAAAAAAAACCCAAACUUUUCAGAUCUACUCAUUUAUGGGUUAUCAAAUAUUCAUUAUCGUAAAAUCGCAUCAAAAUAAAAUGAGCCGAUCACAAAAACUCUAUCAUCGAAAAGUGUCGAUCGAACUACUUGUUCAAACAUUUCUCAAGAUCUCAUCGAUCGGAAUUUAUGGAAUUUGGUGGAUGCUUUUAUAUAUUUUUGCUCCAACUGGAAACAUGACACAUCUAACAGUAUUUUGUCAUUGUACUUUUGUUGGUGGCUCGAUUCCUUCAACAAUUUACAUUAUUUUGAAGCAUCCGACGUAUUUGAAAAAUUUGAAAAACCGGGUUUUAUGUGAAUCCGAGUCAAAUCAAUUUAAGAUAUUUAUUCGAUCAUCGGGAAUUCAUUAA